GUCUCUCUCAAGCUCAGCAGUCUCUGCCGUCCUUCGCCAUGGCCACCACUGUCAGGCAAUACUCCUCCUCCACGUCCCUCAAGGGAUUCGGCGGCUUAGGUGGAGGCUCCAGCAGGCUGUCCUCCGUGCAUGUUGGUGGAGGAGGGUACAGAGCCCCCAGCGUCAGCGGAAGGACCAGUAGCUACUCGGUCUCUUCUCGCACUGUCUCGGGGCUUGGAAGUGCCCUGGGUGGAGGCUACGGGGGCAGCUACUGCAGCAGCGUAGGAGGGGGCCUUGGCAGUGGCUUUGGGGGUGGCUAUGGGGGCAGCUUCGGCAGUGGCUUUGGGGGAGGCUUUGGGGGCGGCUUUGGAGGCGUCUUUGGAGGCGGCGAAGGCAUUCUGCAAGCUGGAGAAAAGGAGACGAUGCAGAACCUCAACGACCGCCUGGCUGCCUACCUGGACAAAGUGCGUGCCCUGGAGGAGGCCAACACUGACCUGGAGGUUAAGAUCAGGGAAUGGUACAAGAAGCAGGCACCUGGUCCAGACCGUGACUACAGCCCCUAUUACAAGACUAUCGAGGAGCUGAGGAGCAAGAUUCUUGCUGCAACUGUAGAAAAUGCCAACAUUGUCUUACAGAUUGACAAUGCCAGACUGGCAGCUGACGAUUUCAGAACCAAGUUUGAGACAGAGCAGGCUCUGCGCCUGAGCGUGGAGGCCGACAUCAACGGCCUGCGCAGAGUCCUGGACGAGCUGACUCUGGCCAGAGCUGACCUGGAGAUGCAGAUCGAGAACCUGAAGGAGGAGCUGGCCUACCUCAAGAAGAACCAUGAGGAGGAAAUGAAUGCCCUGCGUGGGCAGGUGGGUGGAGAGAUCAGCGUGGAGAUGGAUGCUGCUCCUGGAAUCGACCUCACCAAGAUCCUGGCUGAGAUGAGAGAGCAGUACGAGACCUUGGCCGAGAAGAACCGCAGGGAUGCCGAGCAGUGGUUCUUCAGCAAGACGGAAGAGCUGAACCGGGAGGUGGCCAUCAACACGGAGCAGCUUCAGAGCGGCAAGACGGAGAUCACGGAACUGCGACGCACCAUCCAGAGCCUGGAGAUAGACCUGCAGUCCCAGCUCAGCAUGAAAGCGGCCCUGGAAGGCACCCUGGCUGACACAGAAGCUCGCUAUGGCACCCAGCUGGCCCAGCUCCAAGGCCUCAUCACCAGCGUGGAGGAGCAGCUGGCCGAGCUGCGGUGCGACAUGGAGCGCCAGAACCACGACUACAGGAUCCUGCUGGAUGUCAAGACCCGCCUGGAGCAGGAGAUCGCCACGUACCGCCGCCUCCUGGAGGGCGAGGACGCCCACAUCUCUUCCCAGUACUCCUCCGCUAUGUCCUCACACUCUGGUAGAGAUGUAAUGACAACUUCCCGCCAGGUCCGCACAAUCGUUGAGGAGGUCCAGGAUGGGAAGGUGGUCUCCUCCCGGGAGCAGGUUGCACUCACCACCCGCUAGGAGUACCCUUGACUGCAGGCUUGAGAGAGCGAAGGCUGAAACAAGCCCUGUCUGAGGCUGUUUUUGAUGGGGUUACGUCACAGAAAGCAGCCAGCUUUGUUUUUCUGCUUCCCGUUCCUCUUUUACCCUAAUUUCACUUGGG